AUGCGCGUUCUUUUCUUUCUCGCCUCUUUGGGCAUCGUUGCCGCUGAGAAUGGCUUGGACGGUUGGCUGCGAUAUGCAUCAUUAUCGUGUACUGGUCAAUGCCGUUCGAGGCUCCCUACCAACAUUGUCGUCCUCAAUGCGACCGAGACGAGCCCCAUAUACAUCGCAGGCUCAGAGCUACAGAUAGGGUUGAAGAGCAUAUAUGGUUCCCCCGCUGAAAUCACCUGGGGCAAAUGCAAGGCAUCCUCAUCCGUUGUGGUAGGUACCGUGGAGCAAUACCGUGAAACAUGCGGAAGUUUGAGUGGAAUCCCUGAACUGGAAGAGGACGGAUUUUGGCUUAGCACCCAGGGUGACAAGGUCCGAAUCCUUGGUUCCAACGAUAGAGGCGCUCUCUAUGGUGCUUUUGAGUAUCUGUCGAUGCUGGCACAAGGGAAUUUCUCCGCAGUCGCGUACGCCUCGAACCCUUCUGCUCCAAUCCGAUGGGUCAAUCAAUGGGACAACAUGGAUGGAAGCAUCGAGCGAGGCUACGGUGGUCCAUCGAUCUUCUUCAAGGACGGAGCUAUCGUCGAAGAUCUCUCUCGUGUUAAGCAGUACGGGCGUCUUCUGGCUUCUGUUCGGAUCAAUGCCGUGGUCAUCAACAACGUUAAUGCCAAUGCUACUCUCCUGACGCCUGAGAACCUCAAAGGACUGGGUCGAAUUGCCGAUGUCUUCCGUCCAUAUGGAGUGAAGAUUGGAAUCUCGCUCAACUUUGCGUCUCCUGAAACUCUCGGUGGCCUCAACACCUACGAUCCUCUUGAUACAUCCGUUAUCGACUGGUGGUCAAGCAUUACGGAGCAACUCUAUCAAAACGUUCCCGAUAUGGCUGGAUACCUUGUUAAGGCAGAUUCCGAAGGGGAGCCUGGUCCUGCAGUGUAUAAUCGUACCUUGUCUCAAGGGGCGAACCUUUUCGCCAAGGCGCUACAGCCAUACGGGGGCAUCGUCAUGUUCCGUGCGUUUGUCUACAACCAGCUCAAUGAGUCAAACUGGGACGCAGAUCGCGCCAAGGCUGCAGUCGACUUCUUCAAGCCUCUUGACGGGGAGUUCGAAGAGAAUGUGGUCGUCCAGAUUAAAUUCGGCCCUAUCGACUUCCAGGUCCGCGAACCUACAUCGCCUCUGUUCGCAAACUUGUUCAACACAAGCUCCGCUAUUGAGCUGGAGGUCACACAGGAGUACCUUGGACAACAAUCCCACCUUGUUUAUCUUCCCCCUCUCUGGAAGACCGUUUUGGACUUUGAUCUUCGUGUUGACCACAAGCCAUCAUUGGUCCGUGAUAUCAUCACAGGCAAACGCUUCAAUCGAAAGCUUGGCGGAUCUGCAGCCGUCGUGAACGUCGGCACCAACACGACCUGGCUCGGCAGCCACUUGUCUAUGUCAAAUCUCUAUGGAUACGGCCGCCUGGCGUGGAACGCAGCUGACGAUCCCGAAGCCAUCCUACAAGAUUGGAUUCGACUGACAUUUGGCCUUGAUCGCACUGUCCUCAAGACAUUGACCCAACUCUCCAUGGAAUCCUGGCCCGCUUACGAAAACUACAGCGGUAAUCUGGGCAUACAGACGUUAACCGAUAUUCUGUACACUCACUACGGCCCCAAUCCUCAAUCACAGGAUGGCAAUGGCUGGGGCCAAUGGACCCGUGCAGACUCCACGUCAAUUGGAAUGGACCGCACCGUCUCAAACGGAACUGGAUACUCAGGUCAAUAUCCAGAUGAGAUUGCAGCUAUAUACGAAGACAUAAGUACCACUCCAGAUGACCUUCUUCUCUGGUUCCAUCACGUCAAUUACACUCACCGUCUCCAUUCCGGCAAGACUAUCAUUCAGCACUUCUAUGACGCGCACUACAGUGGUGCCGAAUCAGCACAGAGUUUUCUUACACAAUGGGAGUCGUUGAAAGGCAAGGUUGAUGAAGAGCGAUACAACCAUAUCCGCCAUCGUCUCGACUACCAAACAGGUCACUCAAUCGUCUGGCGUGAUGCAAUCAACAACUUCUACCACAAUCUCUCAGGAAUUCCCGAUACCUCCAAGCGCGUUGGUCAUCAUCCAUGGCGCAUCGAGGCUGAGAACAUGAACCUCGAUGGCUAUAAGGUCUACACUGUCAGUCCAUUUGAGACAGCAUCCGGCUCCAUCGCUAUCGUCACUGCUUCCAAUGAUACCGUGGGUACAGCUACAACCAAGGUUGACUUCCCCUCAGGGACCUACGAUCUUGCUGUUAAUUACUAUGAUCUCUACGGGGGUAAAUCUCACUGGGAACUGUACUUGAACAAUCAUCAGAUCGGUGAGUGGGCUGGGAAUAGUGAGGAUGUCCUUAGUCAUACGCCUUCUAUCUACUUGGAUGGUCAUUCUGCUAUGCGUAUCAAGUUCCGCGGUGUGAUGGUCCAGAAGGGCGAUGUAUUGAAGAUCGUUGGAAAGCCUGAUGGAGUUGAACCUGCUCCGUUGGACUAUGUUGCCUUCCUGCCACAGGGAGUUGUGGACUAG